CGCCUCGCGCACCUUGUCCCUCGCGCGACGCCGUCCGCGCAGCCCGCGCUGAGGUUCCGGUUCCGGUUCCUGCGGGAAUCUGCACCUGCACCUGUGAGCGACCAUGGCGUACUCCACGGUGCAGAGAGUGGCCCUGGCCUCGGGGCUCGUGCUGGCUGUGUCGCUGCUGCUGCCCAAGGCCUUCCUGUCUCGCGGAAAGCGGCAGGAGCCGCCGCCAGCGCCCGAAGGAAAGUUGGGCCGAUUUCCACCUAUGAUGCAUCAUCACCAGGCCCCCUCAGAUGGCCAGAUCCCUGGGGCUCGUUUCCAGAGGUCUCACCUUGCAGAGGCGUUUGCAAAGGCCAAAGGAUCAGGUGGAGGCACUGGAGGAGGAGGUAGUGGAAGAAGUCUGAUGGGGCAGAUUAUUCCAAUCUACGGUUUUGGGAUUUUUUUAUAUAUACUGUACAUUCUGUUUAAGCUCUCAAAGGGGAAAACAACUGCAGAGGAUCGGAAAUGCUCUACUGCCACACCUGGAAAUGCCCACAGGAAAAUUACCAAUUUUGAGCUUGCUCAACUGCAAGAAAAACUGAAGGAGACAGAGGAAGCCAUGGAAAAAUUGAUCAACAGAGUAGGACCUAAUGGUGAGAGCAGAGCACAGACUGUGACUUCUGAUCAAGAGAAACGAUUGCUGCAUCAGCUCCGAGAAAUCACCAGGGUCAUGAAAGAAGGAAAAUUCAUUGACAGAACUUCUCCAGAGAAAGAAGCUGAAGAGGCCCCUUACAUGGAGGACUGGGAAGGUUACCCCGAAGAAACUUAUCCAAUUUAUGACCUUUCAGACUGUAUCAAGCAUAGGCAAGAAACCAUCUUGGUGGAUUACCCUGACCCAAGCGAGCCUUCUGCUGAAGAAAUAGCUGAAAGAAUGGGAGUGAUAGAAGAGGAAGAAUCCGACCAUUUGGGUUGGCAAAGUCUGCCCACUGACACCAGAGCCCAGGAAGAUAAUUCUGUUACCUUAUGUGACCCAAAGCCAGAAACAGGUUCCUGCUGUUUUCAUGAAGAAGAGGAUCCCGCUGUCUUGGCAGAGAAUGCUGGAUUUAAUGCAGAUAGCCACGAGCAAGAGGAAACCACCAAAGAAGAGUGGCCCCAAGACUUUAGAGUUGAAGGGUUGGGCCUCAAUGUUGAUCAAGUAUAUACAGGUAGCAUGUUGAGGAAGCGUAACCCCCAGGGUUUAGAGUGAAAACAGCCAGUCUUGUGAAGUAUUCAUUACUCUAGUCCCAAGGUAACCCUUCUCUCCUCAGAUUUCCUCCUUGGCCCUGUACUACUUUGUGUUCAAAUGUCAUAGCUAUCAGGCCAACACCAUGGAUAUGAUGUACCUUUCCUGGUACUCACACACCUGUCACCAUGUAACACAUGGACAAUAGUGUGAACACAUGACAGCUUCGCUCUUUCUCUUUUUGCUUUCCCCCAUCCGAGAAGUUGAUCCAUUUGAAUAAUUAUGUUUGGUCUGUAGCAAUUUCAGGUGGGACCACUCAGGGCAAAGGUCUGACUCUUCCUGCUAGGUGAACAGAUGGUUUACCUGUGAAUGAACUCAGCUUACAGAUGAUGACGACUUAAGGUUGCAAGAGUGAAGAUUUCAGAUGCCAAGAUGCCUUAUUCUUUGGGCCUUGAGCAGGUUAGUGGUCCCUGGUGGGAGAAGUGGACAUUUUAUUUGUGGGGAUGAAGGGCCCAGAGUAGGUGUAAGACUAUGCUGUCUGAACUAAAGCCCUUCCUCCUAGUGAGGGUCUUCCGAGGAGCACUGAUGCUAUCUCUGACAUCCUUUCUCCAGAGUAGUGAAGAUUCCCAUUAACCUGAGAAUGAGUCCAGAGGCCUGUUUGGGGACUAUUUUGCUCUGAUUGCCUAGAUCUCUAGCUUUCUUUAUCCUUGUUCUGGUUAACAGAACUGCCAAACCCAGAAGUACCUUUGCAUCUCUGGUUUUUAGUGGCCAGAGGAAGCUUUAGAUAGAGACUUUAGUCCCUGCCCUGCAGAGCCAAAAUUUGAAGCUGUUGGAACUGCAGACCUUCCCAAGGUUGUCCUGCCAUGAGGAACUCAGAGGGCCAGGGAGCCAGCAAUAGGGGAGAGGACCUAUAUACUUAUGGGAAAUUUGUUUUCACAACCACAUGAAUUGAAACAGAAAUGACAACUGAGCUGGUAUACAGUAGGGACGUUGCAGAAUACAUCUGUUGGAGAGAACCAAUAUAUUAGUGCCCAGGAGAAAA